AUGCCGCGAAAUGAGCAAACAAAAUCGUCUACCUUACGCAGUCGCCAGCGAAUUACGAACAAGACCCGACUCAGGGUUGUCCACGGCUCCAUCGAUGCUGAGACGGUCACGAUCGGCGAAGACGACGGUCGUGGUGCCCUCCAUAGUACCCAGGGUGUCGAAGCUGAAGACGCUGCAGAGCACCACUUGCAACAGGUCCUCAACGCAGCCAAUAAUUCUGCAAAUAAUCAGCAAAGGAGCCAAAGGCCUUCUACUGGAGAUGCCGCGACACAAACGGCAUCGGCCACUCUCCAACCACCCCAGGAGGCGCAUUUUAUCCCAACUCCCGAUGCACAAGGCGUCGUGGGCAACUACGACGACCUAUACGUUCCAAACUCGCACGAGAUGCCUUAUGCUAUCCUAAUGUUCUCGGAUACCGUGGAGGAGUGCCGCACUUAUGGCCUUGCGGGGCGCUCCUACACUAUGGAUGAGCAAGACGCGGCCUGGUUAGAGAAAUGGAAUAAACAGGCUCGUGGCGAAGGUACAAGCUACAGUACUACUCGACGCUCGCGAAAUAAGGCCAGCGAAGCCGAGGAAGAGCCUCAACUGGUGAUCACUGAGGAUUGGUUUGAGCUUUGCAUGGGCAUGUUCGAAAAGUUCGCAUCCGAACACUAUCCAUAUCUUCACGUGGAUUCCUCUUGUCCACCAUUUUCCUUCUUUCAACCUCUUUUCCAAAUGCCGUAUACGCCAUCACUUUUUGCUUCCUCGCUCAUUCCUGAUGGAUUACCGGAUCCAAGCGAACUUGCUCAGAUGGCCAAGGGUAUCUAUCCGCACUGGGCGGAGCGGAAGGGGGAAAGGAAAGGGCGGUCAAUCAUUCCAGACGUAAAUUUGGAUGAAGCCGAUGAAGGAAAUGUCUAUGUUUGCUUCCGUAGGCGAGAGAUCAAGCCAAUUCGAAAGACUCGACGCAUGGAGACAACCUCAAUCGACAAGCUGACUCGUUUAUCUGUGGAAUUCCAGUCCGCACUUCAGUUGGCUACAAGAGCCAUCGAGCGUGAAGAGGCAAAGAAGGAGUUAUGCGAUAUGGAUCAAGUCGUCUGGACCUGGCGUACCCAAUUGGUCUCUAUCACGAGCAAAUUCCCUGAUCUACGCAAUCCGGACGAUGAUAAAUGGCUGGUUGACAAAGAAAAGGUCAAGAAACUCAAAACUCCUGGCUCUCUGUACGUUCUUUUAUUAUAUCCAUCGACACCCACCAUCUCAUUUGCUAUCUCUACAGACCACCAAUUACCAUUCCCAAAAGUGCCGCCAAUCCCGGUAAACUCGAUGACCUUCCUGAUCUUGGACCGCCGCAAGUUCAUCCAAGAGAAAGGUAUAGAGAUAUCCAGUACAAGAUCGAACAAGACCUCCAAAGAAAAAGAGACCAAGAUGUUCUGGGAUGGGAGGAUGUUACAAAUGCUUCAGAAAACGUGCCCAUCGAGCGUUCAGGUCGACCGGCAGCGUUCAGGCAUCGUAUUGGAAGAGGAGGUCGCCGCUAUCUCGACCGUCGAGAUUCACCUUUCACAUCAUCACCCCUUGCAACCCGCACUAAUGUCAAAACUCCUCCCCGAGACCCUUUCGCUUUUGCCUUGGAUCGGGUUCCCUCAUGCUACUCAACCCACCGCUGAAAACAAUGACGAGGCGACUAGUUCGGAUGAGGUUGAUGUAGAACUAGUCAAAAGGCUCGAAGAACGAUGCAAGUUCGAUACUGACCUUGUUUCGGCAACUAAACCUCCUGUCCGGACCGUUAUUGAUGACUUCGAUCAUCG